AGCCCGCCGGACGGGAGGCGGCCCAGCCGCGGGCUCGGCCUGGGCCCCAGCCCCGCCAGCAUGGCCGGCCGGACCGUGCGGGCCGAGACCCGGAGCCGGGCCAAGGAUGACAUCAAGAAGGUGAUGGCGACCAUCGAGAAGGUCCGGAGAUGGGAGAAGCGCUGGGUGACUGUGGGCGACACUUCCCUUCGUAUCUUCAAGUGGGUGCCAGUGGUGGACCCCCAGGAGGAGGAGCGCCGGAGGGCAGGUGGAGGGGCAGAGAGAUCCCGAGGCCGGGAGCGGAGGGGCAGAGGCGCCAGUCCCCGAGGGGGCGGCCCUCUCAUCCUGCUGGAUCUCAAUGAUGAGAACAGUAACCAGAGUUUCCAUUCGGAAGGCUCCCUGCAGAAGGGCACGGAGCCCAGCCCUGGGGGCACCCCCCAGCCCAGCCGCCCUGUGUCACCUGCUGGACCACCGGAAGGGGUCCCAGAGGAUGCUCAGCCCCCACAGCUGGGCCAGGAGAGAGAUCCUGGAGGCGUACCUGCGGGCAGCACGGAUGAACCCCCCAUGCUGACCAAGGAGGAGCCUGUUCCAGAAUUGUUGGAGGCUGAGGCCCCUGAAGCUUACCCCGUCUUUGAGCCCGUGCCAUCUGUCCCCGAGGCAGCCCAGGGUGAUCCCGAGGACUCGGAGGGCGCCCCCCCACUCAAGCGCAUCUACCCAAAUGCCCCUGACCCCUGAGAAGCCGGCCUGCCUGUCCUGUCGCCCCCGGGGCCCCUUUGGCUUUUUACAAAUAAAGACCCUUUUGUAA